AUGGCUAGUGAAAGAGUUGUUUUGUAUAGAAGAGGACAAUACAAAGAAAAAAAAGGGCCCAUUAUGGCCCAAGGAGGUGGAAGCAAGAAAGGACAUUCUUCAUCUUCAGACUCAUCUUCAAAAGAUAACCCCACUAACUCAGAUAAUCACACUAACCCAGAUGACUACACUAAUCUGGAUGACCCUACUAACCCAGAUAACCCCACUAACCCAGAUAACCCUACUAACUCAGAUGACCUCACUAACCUGGAUGAUCUCACUAACCUGGAUGCCACUGCUAGCCCGAAUGCCACUGCUAACCUGGUUGCCACUGCUAACCCGGAUGCUACUACUAACCCAGAUGCUAUUACUAACUCAGAUACCACUGCUAACCCAGAUGCCACUACUAACCCAAAUGCUACUGCUAACUUAGAUACUACUGCUAACCUGGAUGCCACUGCUAAACCAGAUGCUACUGCUAACCAGAAUGCCUCUGCUAACUAG